GUCCGCGCUGUGCGCGUCUAUGGUUCUGCUCGCGUGGAAAGUCAACGAGAAAAAUUCGUGACGUGCUUAACCCACAUCUUCCUUAUAGUAUUCAUAAAAUGUCUACAUAUUUGUGAUUUUUUCAUUUUGUUUCGUAAAAAUUUGGUUUACAUCGAUAAACGAUUGAUUUUAUUAAAGUAACGAUUCGAAUGUUUUGUGCGAAAAAAUAAUGCUUAUUCUCGCGUAUGGAUACCAGUGCCAGACACGAUAGUUAGAUUUUGUGUAAAUAAGAAACAGUCCUUAUUAUAAAGGCAAUAUGAGUAAUCCUUAUAGAGCUAGACCAUCUAGGUCUAGAGCAGAUCACAGUUUAGGAUAUGGAGCUCAUAAUCAGACUGUAUGGAAUCCAAUGUCUAGAGUACCAUCACAAGUAUCAUCAAAUGAUUCCAUUCAACAUCAACCAUCUCUUUUGAAUCAACCAAAACAAUCAAAUGAUCCUUGGAAUAAUUCAUGGAACUGGGAUUUUGAUAAACAAACAGAUAAUCAACAACAACAAUCAUCACAACAAGAACGUCAACAACAACAUUAUAUACCUUCAGGAUAUAAUCAAGGACAAUUAAUAUCUAAUUCUGUUCAGGACCACUAUUAUCAAAAUGUUAAUGGUAAAAAAUCUGAUUUGCUUAAUCAGAAUUCAAUGCCAGAUAGAAAUACAUCAGGAAAUGUUGCUAGUAGAUCUCUAGUUUCUAAUCAUACAGAUUCUUUUACACCUUAUUCAAAUUAUAAUCAAUAUCAGCAAUAUGCACUACCCCCUCGAACAAAUUCUGUGAAAUCUGGUUCUAUGAAUUUUGAUCAACUUCAAUGGACAAGUGAUCAAUCUCAAAAUGUUUCAUAUUCACAACAAAAAUCAAGUAUACAAAAUCAAAAACAUCAAACACCACGUCCUGUUUUAGUUAGCAGCAAUUAUAAUUGGAUUAAAUCUGAUCAGACAAAUUUAAUAGCCCCACAAAAUUGGCAAAAUCAGAGUAAUGUAUCAGGACAUUGGCAAGAUCAAAAAAUGGAUAAAGAAGCACAAAAUUUUGAUAAUAUAAGUAAUCAAUAUACAUCACAAAUGCAACAAACAAGAUCAAUUCAACACCUUCCAUCUUCUACAGACAAUAAAGAACAUUCUAUAAAUGAUGCAAAUGAUGAAAAUUGGUCUAAUCAAAUUAAUAUAUCAUCUUCUCAAUGGAAUGCUCAAAAUCAGGAAUCUACAUUGUUAAAUCAAAGUCAACAAAUAUCACAAAGUUAUAAUGCUAAUGAUGAAUUCAAUGCUUGGUCACAACCAACAAAUACUGAAAUUCCACAAUCAUGGAAAGAAAUGAAUGAUAAUAAUGCAUCUCAAUGGUUACAAGAACAGCAAGAAAAUAAUAAUUUAGUAGAAGAAAAUUUUAAAAAAGAAAUUACUGGUGUAGUUGCUACAAAUGAUCGACAACAAAAUCAUACAAUACCAUCCCAUCAUAUUCAAUCUAAUGUUACUUCAGCAACAGAUCCAAAUAUAGAACUUAAAGAAGAAAGAAAAAAAUCUAUACCUUCAUUAAUUCCAAAUUCUGUAAAUUCUAAAGAUUCUAACAUACAUAUAAAAACAAAUAUUGCUAAAUCACAUUUUUCUGAUUCUCGACUUAAUAUGUCUGCUACUCCUGAAACUGUAUCAACUGUUGCAAGUUCUGAAAAUAUUUCUAUUCAAGAAAAUAAUGAUUUUAAUUUAGCAAAUGAUUCAAUAGAAUGGGGUAAAAAUAAUUCAACAGAAGAGUUACCUACAAAAUUAGAACAAUUAAGUCUUGGUAAUAAAUUAAAUAAAAAUUUAGAAAAUCAAAAUGAUUCCAAAGACAUACAACCUAUUACAUGUGAUGAUGGAUGGGGUCAAAACACAGCUUCUAAUAAUAAUACUACAUCUGAUAAUAUAUCUGGAUUGCCUUUAGAUUGUGCUACACUUAGUACAGAAAAUAUUCAUUCUAAUGAUAAUCAAAAAGUUAUUAGUCAAGAACAUUCAGUACUUAAUGCAUAUCAAAUAACGAACAUUAAGCCUAUAGAUAAUGUAGCACAAAGUGGAUAUGAUCAAUGGUAUAGUCAAGAUACUUUACAGCAUGUCUCAGAAAAUCCAUGGUAUUCAAAAGAUAAUGUUUGUUCAUCUAAAGAAUGGGGUAUAGAACAAAAUGUAGAAAACUAUGAAAAUAUUCAACAGCCUUCAGAAUUUGUAAAUUUAGAAGUAGUUACGCCAUCAUUACAAGAACGCGAUAUAUAUGGUUCAAGAGAUUCCAUAAAUAAGGAAACUUUAGAUAAUGAUCCUAAACCAAUUCUGAAUUCUACCAAGGAGAUAGUUAAUAUGCGUGAUUUUAGACAAGAAAUAAAUAAUAUUGAAGUACCUUCUGCGCAAUCUGCGCGAUCCCAUUCACUUCUUCAAUCUGAACAGGUACCGGAUAAUUAUGAAUUUGCAUCAAAUGAUAGAAAUACUUUUUUGGAAACUGGAGAAUUAACUGAUUCUCAUCAAGAACAUGAACCAACCCCGCCGAGUCAAGAUGAUGAAAAUGACGAAGUGCCUAAUGACAUUCCAUUUUUACGCGAAGUACCAGGACAAUCAAGCUCUAUAGAUCCUCGUAGAAAUGACCCAACGGGACAGGAACAAUAUAUUCAAUCCGGUCAAAGAUUAUCUGAUCCAAGAAGAAAUGAUCCUUCUGGUCAAGAGCAAAGUCUUCAGAUAAGAAACAUAUCUGAAAGAUCAGAACGGCGCGAUGUUCCACCUGGACAAGAAAGAAAUGUUCCUUUACUCUCACGAGCAGAUUCCGAUACGAUGGAACGUCGAAAUGAUCCGUCUGGUAGAGAACGAUCUCUACCUCCACAACAAUCACGAAAUGAUCCAUCUGGAGAAGAAAGGUAUCAGUCUCAAUCACAAAUUAUGUUAGAACCAAGUGAAACCCGGGAAGUGCCUGGAAGAGGUAAUGAAUCUGAAGAUUCUGUACAACAAACAGAUGAAAAUCUUAGACAAAUACCGGGCGGUGCAUUUCCAAAUGAAGUUGCUCAAUCUUCAGAUGAUAGAACUAAUGGAAGAGUAGUUACAGGUUCUCAAGAAGUUCCUUCAAUAAACUCUACAAUACAAGAUCAAACUAGUGAUUCAAGAAAUAAACGCGAGGAAGCUGUUGGUGCAUCAAUGCGCGAGAGUCAAGGAAUUUCUAGUGCAUCGAAUCGUAGAGAUUCUUAUGAAGACGAAGAUGAUGAGGUUUCUGGAAAUAGUAGAGAUGAUAGUAGAGAAAGACGACGUGAUAGCAGUUCGGAACGUCGAAGAUAUGAAUACGAACGAAAAAGUGCAUAUUAUGAUCGUGAACGAGAAUAUGAUGAUGAUUAUUACUAUGAUCGUCGUCGUGGAGGAGAAAAUGAUCGAACAUAUAAUACACGCGAUGAAUUCGAUCGUCGAGAAAUUCCUUAUCGAGAAGAUGAUCGUAAGCAUCAUAGCCGAGACGAUCUUGAUAGACAUGCAAGAGAAGAAAUAGAUAGAAGAAACAGAGCUAAAGAAGAUAUAGAUGAUAGAGAUAUUAGAAGAAGACCAGACGACCGUAGAAAAGAUAGAGUUGAUGAUGGGAUGCGACGUAGAGAAAUUAGAGACUAUGAUUUACGAUAUUCUAGAGAUCGUGAUUAUCUUGAUCGUGAUAGAAGAAGAGACGAUAGACGACCAAGACGAUAUGAUGAUUAUGAUAUAAGAGAUCCAUAUAGAAGAGAAUAUUAUGAUGAUCCUUAUAGUAGAGGAUCUAGACCAUCCAGUAGAUCCUCUUAUAAUGAUAGAGAUCGAGAAUAUUAUAUGCGAACAAGAGAUCCUUAUUAUCCUUAUAAUGGAUAUGGUGUUCCUGGAUAUGAUUAUGGUGUUCAUUAUGCCAAUAAUUAUUAUGCAUAUAUUGAAAAUUUACGACGUACAAAUCCUGCUCUCUAUUCAGAAUGGUAUCAUAAAUAUUACGCUAACCAACAUCAGCAACAACACAUUUCUCGUGGUGUUGGUAAUUAUCCAGAAGACAGAGCAAGUGUUCAUUCUGGGCGUAGUUCUUGCGACGAAAGAGCAACUGACAAACGAACAUUAGGCGACAUGUCUAUGCUUGAAGAUUCGGCAGCUACAUCUGCGCGCAUGACACCAACUAAGUUUUCUAUUUCACAUGCAUAUGGAUGUUUUUCUAUUGGAUCUUUGAUACAUGUAUAUCCAGCUUAUCCAUCUGAUGGUGAAAGAGCCAAAGUAGAUAUUUUUAAGUUGGAAAAUCUACUUUCGCAUGAUCCUAUAGCACGUGAUUUACGAGCUUAUCCUGGUCCUUUAAUUAAGCAAGUGGGUGUUACUCAUAAAAAAACUAUUAUUGAAUAUUGCGAGAAUAAAAUUAAAAAAGCAGCAUCAAACGAAGAAAUGGUCGAUCGUGCCUCAUAUAUACUUUUAUAUGAAUUGAUGAUUAUGUUGAUUCAACAAAAUGGAAAUGUUGUUGGCGUUGAUAUAGCGGCAUUAUUACUCAGAAACAAAGAUGCAUAUCCUUACGAUAUGAAUAAGCAAAAAUUACAAGAUUCAGGAAGAAGAGAAUCAGUAAUAUCUCAAAGAUCAGGAAUAUCAAUUGGAGAUAGUAUUCAAGGUAAUCAAGAUAGUGUAAUAGGAUCCGAAAAAAUCGAGAAUAAGCCACGAAAAAGCAUUGAACAAAUAACAGACGAAUUUAGAAAUACAUUGCUUUAUGGUUUAAUUCAAGAAGCACUAGAGUAUGCAAUGAAUGAAGGUCUUUGGGGACAUGCACUCUUCUUAGCUAGUAAAUUGGAUAAACGUACACAUGCGUCUGUAAUGACACGUUUUGCUAAUAGUUUACCAUUCCAUGAUCCAUUACAAACUUUAUAUCAACUUCAUUCUGGUCGUGUACCAGCUGUUGUUACUGGUAUAUCAGAUCCACGGUGGGAUGAUUGGAGACCUCAUUUAGCUAUGAUUAUAUCGAACACAUCUGCUAAUCCAGAAAUUAAUCGUCGCUCAAUUACAACUCUUGGAGAUACACUUUCUACGCGAGGAGAUAUUUACGCAGCUCAUUUUUGUUAUAUACUUGCACAAGUUGAUUUUGGUACUUAUGGAGCAAAUAAUGUAAAGCUUGUAUUAAUUGGUGCAAAUCAUCAUAAACCCUAUAAUACAUUUUUCACAACGGAAGCUGUUAUGCUUACGGAAAUAUAUGAAUAUGCUAGAAAUCUCAGUGAACCAGGUUUUACAUUAAUAGAUCUUCAAACCUUUAAAUUUGAUUUGGCAAUAAAAAUGGUAGAUCAUGGAUUAAUAGAAAAAGCUUUACUGUAUAUAGAACAAAUUGCAGUAAAUAUUUUUAAUGAACCAUCAAAGUACAAAAAAUCAUUUAUCAAUGCAGUUUACAAUUUAGGAGACAGGAUUAGAUAUCAUGAUCCAGUCUAUAAAGAGUCUGUUGAGAGAGAUGAAAUUAUAACUUUAACUUGGUUUAAUAAUUUAUCUGAAAUUGUUGGUAAAUGCCAUAUGGGAGAAAUUAUCGAAAAUGAAAUUUAUACUUCUCAAACAAAACAAGAAUCAUAUAACAAUGUACAAAAUCAAGAAGUCCAUGAGAUAAAGCAACAACAACAAUGGAAUACGAUUCAAUCUGAAUACAGAGAAGGUCCAACAUCAAUGAUGGAAGUAACCACGACUGAUACACAAUCAGAAUGGCAACCAUUAUCUCUACCAUCAAAUAUACCAGACACAUAUGAUCAAAGUAUGCAAUAUACAAAAAAUAAUGAAGAAUCUUAUCAGCAACCACAACAACAAGAAUAUUGGAAUCAAGAUUCUUAUUAUCAAAAUAAUUAUGGAAGAAACGAUAGUACCAUUUCAAAUUGGCAACAAUCAACUCAUUCAUCAUAUCCUCCUGAACAAGGUGAUAUUGAUGAUUCUCAACAACAGGAAAAAUGGAACUAUGAGUCGGAAAGAGAAGAAAAAACAUCUACUCUUGAAUCAUCGCAACCGGCAAUUUCAAUGACACCAUCAACGAGAAAGCAAUAUGAUCCCUUAGAAGAAUUGGAUGCACUUGAGACUCCAAAACCAGCUUUGAAAUCUGCAGCUUCAGCUAAGAAAACUUCAGAAAAAUCAGCUGAAAAGAAAUCAUCUAAUAGCGGAAGUUCUUGGUUCGGUGGUCUAUUUAGCAAAUUGGCUCCAAAACCAAGAAAUCAGAUGAUAUUACCAGAUGACAAUAAUCCAACGAUCGUUUGGGAUCCUGUUGCUAAAAAAUGGAUGAACAAAGACGAAGAUGGAGACAAUAAUUCGACUACAGUAGCUCCUCCUCCAAAAGCUUCUGACAUGGGAUUUAGAACACCCGUUCCUUCGGAACAAAUUUCAUCCCAAUCAUCACAACCAUCUCAAUCAUCUCAACCACCUUUGCAAACUGAUGAAUCCACUGUGAAUAAAUUUAAAUUACCUAGAGGUAGAAGUAUGCGUGCCAAUUAUAUAGAUGUAAUGAAUCCAAGUGGUUCAAAAAAUAGUGGAGCACCUUCAAGUAUACCAACUCCAGCAUCCCCAAUGGUACCUAUGGCAACUUCGUCACCUCAGUUAUUUAUUCCCGCUCCAGUUAAUGAUCCAAGUGCUCCUGUAGACUUCUUAACUCCAACAGCAACGUCAGUCGUACCUACGAAUGUUUCUGAAAAUGUAUCUCAAGGGUUCUCUCGAUGGAGCUCAACCAGCUCGUUAUCGCGAGAGGUGCAGAGCUACACUAUGAGGGAUCCGCGUUUCCUCCCACAAAACAAGGGACCAAUGAUGUACAACCCAAGCGACAUGAAGAAUCGUUCGGCGAAAAAUUUACAUCAGAGCGGGUAUCCUCCACGAUAAAAUUCACAAUCUUGAACAACAUACGUUGAUGAGUAAGAGGAUUUUUUUAUUCUACCAGGAUCACACAUUAUUUAGAUGAAUCGAAAUUUUCAUAACUUAACAGGCAAAUAUACCUCAAAUUACGUAAGUGAAUAGAUGCGUUAUAAGUUUAGUCAAGUAUACGUGAAUUUCCUAUGUUUUCGAUUUUACAAAAAUUAGUUUCAUUUUUCUAGAAAUAAGAUUUCUAGAGAAUAUAUAUGUAUAUAUGUAUUCUAAGCGUAUAAUUGCUUUUAAAUAGUACCGUAAACAUUUGGAAUAUUACAAUUUACAAUAGAAAAAUGUUUAAAAAAUCGUUAAUAUUAAUAGGAUUUCUUACUUUUUUGGAUUUCUUCAGCUUUUAUUUUGGAGAAUACGUGCUCCACACGUUGCUGAAUUUUGUUAAAUAUACACAGGGUACUUGUUUUCUAAAAAUUUUUUUUUUAAUGGAAUGUUCUUUGAUUUAACUUCGUGCGAAUCGUAGAUACUUUUAUCUUUCAAUAUAUAUACAUAAAUAAUACUUUUCAACGAUGUAAAUUACUAAACAGAGAAAUAUGUAUUACUGGCAUUGAAGAGAAUGGAUGAAACGUUAUUCAAUCGCGGUCUUUUGAUAUAAGUUGAUUGAAUAAGAUAAAAUCGAGAAUUCUAAUAAUAAUAAAAAAAUUAAUGUGUGUUAUGUUGAGUGAGAUCGCGAAUAAGAAGAAUGUUAAGUUUGCGCUCGUAACAGGAUUCAGAUUUAAGUUUUAUGUGAAUGCUUUUCCCGAAACAUUUUGCAUGUUAUAAUGUUUAUUAUAGCGAGAAUAAUGUUGACCGUAUUAUAUACAUUAUGAAAAAAUUCGUUACAAAUAAUCUAAUAAUAUAAUAAUACACGGUCAUAUCUGAUUUUAUACACUGGCGAAGAACAGUUGCAUAAAAAAUGAAGCAGAUAUCAAUAAUGUAAGAAAUGUUAGAAAUCUGAAAAUUUUAUGAAUCCUAUUGUUAGGCGAUAUAUCAUGCAAAUAUUGUUAUUAAUCAUCAGACUAGUAUAUCAUACCAAUAUUGUAUCAAUAAGAAGCAUAACUGCCAUUUAUCUAUUUGAAUUUGGGAUAAUUGGUAAAAAAAAUGUCAAUAUUUAUGUCAAAUUUUUACUUUUCCUUCGUGAUCAUUCUAUAUAUAUUUCGUCUAAAAAUAUUUUCUCCAAUAUUGUUUCUAUCAAUUAAUUGGGUGCCUAGUAUUUUAUAAAUAUAUAUAUUUCCUUUACAAAUAAUCUUCUUUUUGCAAUAUGUUUUAUAUCUUAUGUUUUAUGUUCAUUGUUAUAAAUGAAACUGCACGUUUCAAAUUUUGCCUUUUCUCAUUAUACAGUAUAACAAUAUUUAUCACUUAAAAAAAAAAAUAAUUGCAAGUUGCAUUAUUAUUCUUCAACUUGCUUAUGCUUGUAGAUAUAUGCUGACUUGUAGAUCGCAGCGUCCAUACGAACCAUAAGCUUUUUCUCUUUAAGGAAAAUGCGUAGUUCGUUUUUCCCUCAAGAACGUUGGUGCUGUCAGAAUGUUUCAAUCUCUAAUUAUCAAAUUGUAUGCCAUAAAAAGUUUAAUGUGCUCAAGUGGAAGAGAAAAUAUUUUGCAAACGAGCAAAUACGCUUCUAUAUAAAGAUGUUAUUUCGCGUUUUUCUUUUUACGAGCGUAAUACGAUUAUUCCGAAAGUCUAUAUGUUCCUCUCGGUGAUUGCUUUUGAUGAUACAUAUUCCAUAUUAUAUUUUUCACUAUCUAUUACCGAGGGAAAUUCUUAGAUAUGAGCCAAGAGAUACUGGCAAAUAUGGCAACUUGAUGAACGAAGAAUAACAUUCAUGCAAUGUACAAACGUAGAAUAAGUCUUAUAGAUUGGUUUUUCAUUAUUUAUCGUCCAGCGUUUUGUGAUAAAAAAAAAAAAAAGAUGAUCGAAAGCAAGAAGACAGUAGCGG